CAAUUAAUUCUCCUUUCCCAGAGCCUCCUGCAACUCCUCCACCUCAGCCCGCGAUAACAUCCCGACUACCACCCUCUCUCUUUCCCACCCAAAAACCAGCAGCGCCGCAAACAUGUCUGCGAAGCCCACAACGCCCCCCAACCUGGGCAAAGUCCUCGUCGUCGGCGGCAACGGCUUCCUCGGCCACCACGUCGUCAACCAGCUCCUGGCCGGCGACCGCUGGGCCGUCGCAUCCGUUGACGUGGUAGACCUUCGCUGCGCCAACAACCGCAACCCCAAGGCCAACUACCACGAGGCAGAUAUCACCGACACCGACAAGAUCAAGUCCCUCUUCGAGAACGUCAAGCCCGACGUCGUCGUCCACACCGCCUCCCCCGCGCCUCAGGGCGAUAGCGCCAUCGCAAAGGACCUCUUCCGCAAGGUCAACGUCGACGGCACCGCUUCCAUCAUCGCCGCCUGCCAGGCCGCCUCCGUAAAGGCUCUCGUCUACACAUCGUCCGCGAGUAUCAUUAGCGACAAUGCCACCGACCUCAUCAAUGCCGAUGAGAGGUGGCCCGUCAUCCGCGGUGAACUGCAGACGGAGUACUACUCCGAGACCAAGGCCGCCGCAGAAGAACUGGUCCUCGAAGCAAACCGCCAAGACCCCUACCCCCUCCUCACAUCCGCCAUCCGCCCCGCAGGCAUCUUCGGCGAGGGCGACACCAUGGUGACGCACCAAAUGGUCAAGAUCUACCGCGAGGGCAAGACGGGCGUCCAGCUCGGCAACAACGACAACCUCUUCGACUUCACCUACGUCGGCAACGUCGCCCACGCCCACCUCCUCGCCGCUCGCCUCCUUCUCGCCACCGCCGCCUCCUCCAUCACACCCCUCGACCACGAAAAGGUCGAUGGCGAGGCCUUCCUCGUCACAAACGACAGCCCCAUUUACUUUUGGGACUUUGCCCGCGCCAUCUGGCGCGCCGCCGGCUCCGACAAGGGCACCGACCACGCCUGGAAGAUUUCCCGCGAGUUCGGCAUCGCCCUGGGCUUCUGCUCCGAAAUCUUCUUCGCCAUCAUUGGCAAGCCGCCCAUCUUCAACCGCCAGCGCUGCAUUUACAGCUGCAUGACGCGCUACUACAACAUCAGCAAGGCCAAGCGCCUGCUCGGAUACCGGCCCAUUGUCGGCCUCGACGACGGCAUCAAGAGGGGCGUACAGUGGUUCCUGGACCAGGAGAAGGCUGGCAAGGUGAGUGUCAAGGCAUGAAAAGGUGCGCUGGUACAAAGGCGAUGAUGGUUAUGAUGGGGGCGGUGGUGUUUUAGGGAUAUGAGACCUUCAUGUUGAAAAAAAAAAGUUUUCAAGUUUUUUUAUCCAUCGUAUAUACAUACAUAUACACCCUCAAUGCAAGAGGAACUAAUAAACGGCCCAGAAGUGGCCAUGUCAUGAGCAAACAAUACUUUCAACUGCGUCUUCUGUGCCUUUUUCUGUGUGUAGGCAGGCUUUGCGAAUGAGCUCUUAAACAACUCUGUAGGAAACGGAAGCACAACCAUGUGUGCACACAUGUCCAAAGGAAAUAAGCUGGAGAAAACCUGCAGGCG